AUGAAAUCGUUGGCAGUAGCUUGGUUGAUGGUUCUCAUGGUUUCUUUUGUGCACGGCAUUAAUGUUAAAGGUUGCACUCGCCUGUCGAUGCUUAGGAUUUCUCAAGGUAUCCAAUCAUCUCAAUAUGAGACUAUAACAGGAUGCAACAAUGACUGCGACACAGCUUGUUGUAACUGUGACAUCACCAAACAACCUCCACUUUGUGUUCUAUGCUGUCAAGAAGAUCCUUAA